AUGGGCGAAGGGUCCAAGAACAAGGCCUCCCAAGCGUGCGAAAUAUGCCGCUCGCUGAAGGUCCGCUGUCUGCCUAGCUCCCAACCUGACACAUGUCUAAAGUGUGUGAAUUCCAAAAAAACCUGUGUAUUUUUGGAGCGGCAACCACGGCAACCGCGGCAACGCCAGCCAAAGCAUACCUCAAAAGCCCGAAUUCGUGCGCUGGAGUCGAAGCUUGAUAACCUGCUUGCCAUCGCUAGUCAGUCCAAAUUGAGUCACGGGAAAGGAUCUUCACAGCGAGAGGCGGGGUUUCUGGAAAAUGGCUUGUCUACCUCUAGUUCAUCUUCUAGCGGGGAACGAGAUUUCACCCCCAGCAGCAGCCAUAACAGCAGCACAGGUUCAACUCCCCUCGAUUGGCCUCUUGAUAAGUGGGCUGGUUAUCCUAAAAUUAAUGGCAUAUCCUGCCCUGAACUACUACUUGAGUGUGGCCUGUCUAUUGAUGCUGCUGAUGGAUUCCUCAACCGGUUUCGCACCAUGACCUCUUACUUUCCAUUUUUCGUGGUUCCCACUCAUGUCAAUGUUUUGACAAUGUGUAAAGAACGGCCUUUCGUUCUCGUGGCAGCAUUGGCGGCGGCGACCUCUUCGGACAGGAAAUUACAAAACACCCUCGGUGAGAAAUUUAGAACCGGCGCUCUCCACACUAUUAUGGUUCACAAUGAAAGGAGCCUAGAUCUCCUGAAUGGAAUGCUAGUAUACUUGGCCUGGUAUCACUUCUAUUACAUUCCCAAGAAAGAACAGUUCAACCAACUACUGCAUAUCGCAAUUGGCAUGGUCGGUGACCUAGGCUUGAACCUUACACCUGCCGAGGCAAUGAGUAGGAAGAUCGGACUUCGAUUGACACAUUAUCGCAAAGUCUCUACACCUUCAGCGAACCACGAUAAAUUUUUUAGCCCAGAAGCCCGUCGAGCAUACUUAGGAUGCUUUUAUCUUUCGACUCUCACCGGCUGGGCUAAAAUGAAUCCAAGUGGUAUUCAAUUUCAAAGCUAUAUGAUUGAAUGUGCGACAUCGUUGGGUCAAGAAUUGGAACAUCCAACGGACGCAUUGCUUUUACCACUAGUCCAGCUUCAAAACAUGGGCGAGGUGAAUCACCGCAGUAUUUCAACUGUUGACUACAUGAAUGGCCUCGAUCUUGAAAUGAAGGUUCAAUCAUUUCAAGCCGAAUUUAAGCAGUGGAAGUACUCGCUUCCACUCGCAUGUGAGCAAGCGAACUGGAUGGACCUGGCUUGUGAGGUUGCUGUAAUGCAUGUCUACGAGAUGGAUCUCGUUAAUGUCUUUGCAUCGAAAAUGCGACGAACGACAGAUUCUCUGAAACAUUCAACAAGCUUAUCUUCUACGUCUCGAAUUCCCCUAGAGGUGCUCUUUCUCUGCUUGAAAUCGGCGGGCCAGCUUGCGCAGACUUUCCUCUACAUCCCAACAUCAGAAUACGGCAGUCUCUCUUACAUGCAGUGGACUUGCAUCAUAUAUGCUAUCAGCAUCAUUUAUAGACUGACAGUUGGGAUUCCCCAGCUUCGUGACUGGGAUGUUCGAGUUGCGCGAACGACCAUUGACUUUGAUUAUAUUCUAGAUGCAUUGUGCAGUCGCUUCGACAGUGUACCACGCUGUAAUCAUACCGGAUUAGAGAAUGGAGACCUAUUCUCGAUGAUGGGAUCAAUCUUUGAAAACGUCAAGCAGACCUACGGCAGACUCCAGCUCUUGCCACAGGAUGAUAGUGCAGACGACACCGGCCCAGUUCAUGCCACUAGCUUUGUGCCCUCUACGCUCAAAUACCGACAUCCGUGUCCUGCAUUCCAGAUCUGGAGGACAGGUCGACUCGGAUAA